AAUACACUAGAUAUAUAUAUUCUUCACAAGUAAAAAAUAUUUUGAAUAUAUUACAUGUUUCCAUUCGUAGAUGAAAAAAUUACUUGGCUCAUAUUUUGAAUAGGCGAAAUGGGCAUACAAUCGACACAUGCUGACACACCUGGAAGAGUACAUGAAAGUAGCACUUAUAUCUAGUGGUUACAUGAUGUUAUCUACAACUUGUUUGGUAGGUAUGGGAGAGUUGGUGACCGAGGAAGUCUUUACCUGGAUUUCGACUGAAUCGAUAGCUGCAAAGGCAUCGUCAAUCAUUGCUCGACUAAUGGAUGACAUGGCGGGACAUGGAUUCGAGCAGAAAGUAUCAGCUGUUGAAUGUUACAUGAAUGAGAAAGGGGUCUCAAAAGAAGAAGCAUUUACUGAAUUACAAAACUUAGUUACUAUUGCAUGGAAGGAUAUAAACCAAGAAUGUCUUCAUCCAACCGUGAUGCCAAUGGCCAUUCUCAUGCGAGUAGUCAAUCUUGCACGUGUCAUUGAUCUUCUUUACAGAGAUGGAGAUGGGACAUGCAUACAUCCUCGCCGGGAUGACUACUUCUCUAAGUGGGUUGAAGCUGUACCAUUGAAGGAAGCCGAUUAUAAUCAUAAGAAAAAUAGGGACAAGUUUCAGCCUAAAUGGGAUGGUCCAUUUCUCGUUACUCGUGCAUUCACUAAUGGAGCGUACAAGAUCGUUGAAAAAG